UGUGCAUGUCACUUUGGUUACACUGGAAACAAGUGCAAGAUAGGAAAUAGCUGCAGCAAUCUGCUUGACUCGUCCGAAGGUAACCGAGCUUACUCCUUGACCGUGGGAUCAGUGUCGCUUCCAGUGUAUUGUCACAUGACCAGUCUUGGUGCAUGCGGAGGUGGUGGAUGGACGCUCGUUAUGAAAAUAAAUGGCAACAAGGGAACCUUCCAUUAUGAUUCGAAGUACUGGAGCGACAAAAAUUUCUUCAACCUUGUAGGAGGAAGGACUGGGUUUGACUCACAAGAGACCAAGUUACCGACUUAUUGGAAUACACCUUUCUCCAAGAUCUGUCUCGGUAUGAAGGUUAACCAAAAACAGCCCAACUUCAUUGUCAUUAACAAAAAGGCUGACUCUUUGUACUCAUUGAUUGCUGAUGGAAAACACCGCAACACAUCAUUGGGUCGUGACACGUGGAAGACGCUGAUAGGUUCGCAAGCUUCCUUGCAGCUUUACUGCAACAUGGAGGGCUUCAAUUGUGACUGCGUAAAGGCUAAAACUAGAAUUGGUAUCGUUGCUAACGAGUAUGCAAAUGCCUGCGAUUAUUGCGAUUCAAGAAUUGGUUUUGGUGGCGCAGGAGUCUAUGAUGUCAAUAACACGUGUGGUAACGUUGCUGUUUGGUAUCCUGACAAUGGUGAGAGAUACACCAGAGCCAUGGGAUACAUUUUCGUUCAGUAAUAUUGCUAUAGCAUGUUGUCCGUAAUGUUUAGAACAAAGCUAUCAAAGAAUCACUCCGGCGCGAGUCAGACUGUUUCAUAAUAUUUUUAAAGAUUUGAUUUCAUUGUUGUUGCCAGUUAUCAACAUUUAUCAUAUUCUCCUUUCUUUUUCGCAAAUAGUUAUCUUUCCGCAUAGGGGUACAUAACUAAAAACUAUUGAGGCUCCACUUAUGGAGGGUUGUAGAAACUUUUAAAAGCCAUCUUAACGAUUUUGAAUGAUAUUGAUGUGCUAACAAGUCUCCCACUACCCCCCCCCAUCCUUAUUUUAACGCCAAAAAUUACUCCUUUGGACUCCAAUUCAAGUGAAGGUUUGUCCUGCCGUCCUCAACGAACGUUAAUCCCCGCUAAAGCGGACAAAGCACUGUCCUUUGAUAACGUACACGGUGUGGGCUUUUCCUCAUAAAAAAGAAAAAAGAGGGGUAUUUCACUUUUGUUUAUAAAGUUUGAAAUCACCUUAUCAAUAAAGUAUACCUGGUAAUAAUAACAAAAAUGUUGCACCUACAUGUAUGACAUACAAAUUUAAAAAAUAUUCAA